AUGCCGGGUUGCGCUUUUGACAUUAUCCUGGGUCUGCCUUGGAUACGCUCAUACAGUAAAGUACUCGACUGGAGUUCUCUCACCAUUCGUCGCCGCCAGGGCAAGCGUCGCCAACGGCGGCAACAUCCUGGGCCCGCACACCAACCGCUUCCAACCUCUCUCUCCCCACCACCAGCCCCUCCGCCCGACACCUCCAAUCUCUCUCCCACUCCUCCCGUCCAACUACCUACUCCGAUCCACUCGUGCGCAGCCACGGUCGAACAGGCGGAUGACUUAGACUCCCCUGUCGAGGCCUUACCAUACGAGCCGGACCCACCAGACUACAUCGAGAACGUCGUGAAAAAGAUAGUGCCGCCGGAGUACCACGACCUCCUCGCCGUCUUCUCCAAAUCUGGCGCAGAGACACCGCCCGCGUCCAGAGGCGUCCUCGACCACAAAAUAGAGGUCCUCCCAGGUACCCGGCCGUUUUCGGAACGCAUUCGUCGGAUGUCGUCGGAGAAGCUGGCGGUGCUGGACGCCUGGGUGGAGGAGAAGUUACGGCUGGGGCAGAUCGAGCCGUCAACCUCGCCCUGGGCUCACAACCCCACCUUCAAGCGGGAAGCGGACGACCGUAUACGUGUCUGCAUCGAUCUGCGGGGGGUCAAUCUGGUAACGGUGAAGAACAAGACGCCGCUUCCGCUGGCGGAGGAGUCGUUCAGUCUGAUGGCAGAGGGGGACAUGUUCACCUCCAUCGACCUACGUUCCUCCUUCAACCAGGUUCUCAUGGUGGAGAUUUCCAGGGAGAAGGCGGCCUUU